AUGAAAAAAACGACCGAAGAAGACGAAUACUGCCUUAAGUUAUAUGAAGACACAACACGCCGAGACAAUUCAGGAAGAUUUGUCGUGCGUUUGCCGUUAAUUGAAGAAAAAGAUUUGGGAGAUUCAUAUAAAAGAGCCAUGGCGAGGUUUAUAAACUUGGAAAAAAGAUUAGAAAAUAAUGCGGAAUUAAAGUCAGAGUACGAGAAAACAAUGAACGAGCUCAUAUCCAUGGGCCAAAUGGUAAAGGUGGAUCCAAGUAAGAAGGCUUUGUAUUAUAUGCCGCACCAAGCAGUGGUACGUGAAACAAGUCUAACCACAAAAGUUAGAGUGGUAUUUGAUGCUUCAUCGACAACUUCAAAUGGGAAGUCGCUGAAUGACAUACUUCACGUGGGACCAAGGCUUCAAAAAGAUAUAUUUGACAUUGUAACAAAGUGGAGAUCGUGGAAGUUUGUCAUCUCAGCUGAUGUGGAGAAAAUGUUUCGUCAGAUUAAAGUUGAAAAAGAAGACCAGGAAUACCAACAUGUGUUGUGGAGGAGUAAUCCGUCGGAGCCUAUCCAACAAUAUAAACUUACUACGGUAACAUAUGGCACUGCAUCAGCACCAUUUCUGGCUGUAAGAUCGCUCAUAGAAAUUGGAAAUAGGUGCCAGAAUCAAGAAAUCGCUCAGAGGAUCAAAGAAGAUUUCUACAUGGACGACCUUUUAACAGGAGCGAAUACAAAACAAGAAUGCAGGGAGGUGCAGAAGAAGAUAACGCUGCAACUGGAGGAUUAUGGGUUUCAUUUAAGAAAAUGGAUAUCAAACUCUCCUGAAGUAUUGAGUGCGGUGAAAUUGAAUGAAGAAAAUGAAGUGCUGAGAAUAGAAGAAGAUGAAUGCUUGAAAACAUUGGGAUUACAAUGGAAUCCACAGAUCGAUUGCUUUACAUUUAGUAUGCAAAUUAAAAAAGAAGACAAGUUGACAAAACGAAUAGCAUUGUCAAGACUGGCACAAAUAUUCGAUCCAUUAGGUUGGCUGACGCCAGUCACGGUAACAGCAAAACUAUUUAUACAGCAGUUAUGGAUACAACAAAUAGAAUGGGAUGUGCCAUUGGAGGAGAAAUUGAGUGGAGAUUGGCGGCAGUUUACAUACAGUCUGCCUGCUUUAGAAAAUUUAAGGAUUCCAAGAUGGUUUGGAAUAUUGGAAGACAAAACUGCACAGUUACAUGGGUUUGCAGAUGCUUCCGAGAAGGCUUAUGCAGCAGUCGUAUACCUUAAGGUAAAUUCGCAGGUGACCAUAGUGGCUGCAAAAAGUAAGGUAAAUCCAGUAAAAAAUAGGAAGACGCUUCCAAAGCUGGAACUUUGUGCAACACAUCUAUUGGCUAAACUACUACAGAAGAUCAAAGGAGUAUUGAAGUCAGCAACACCAACUUUUGCUUGGAGUGAUUCCAUGAUUUCCUUGGCAUGGAUUCACAACUCCAAAAACAAGGAUAAGUUCAUAAAAACAAGGGUGAUGGAUAUUUUGGAGAGAAUACCCGAAGCGAAAUGGGGCUACGUCAAGUCAAAGGAGAAUCCAGCAGAUAUGGGUUCAAGGGGUGUCCCACCGGAGACUUUGACAAACAAUACAUUGUGGUGGGAAGGCCCCGAAUGGCUGAAAAAAGAUGAACAAGAUUGGCCAAAAAGCAACAUAAAUCAAACAGUAGCAACAACAGUAAAGUUUUCGACUGAAAACCACUUAUAUGAAAGUAUGAUGAAGUAUUCGUCAUUUAAGAAACAGAUACGUGUAAUGGCUUAUCUACUGCGUUUUAUAAAAGGGCUAAAAAAGAAGCGAGCAGUAAAUGAGCAUUUGACGGCAAAAGAGUUGGAAGAAGCAGAGAUGGAGAUAAUAAAACUACAUCAAGAAAGAGAAUGGCCAGUGGAACUAAGGAAAUUGAAGACAUUGGGAACGGUGGAUCAUCAAAGUAAAAUAGCUUCACUACAUCCACAGUUGGAUCGAAAUGGCAUAAUGCGGGUUGGUGGAAGACUUGCUUUGUCAGAGCUGAACUAUAACCAAAAGCAUCCAAUAAUUAUUCAAAAGUCAAGAUUAGCGGGAAAUAUCAUUCGAAAUUGUCAUAUUCAAACGAUGCAUGGAGGAAAUCGACUUAUGGAAAAUAUACUAAGACGAAAAUAUUGGAUUAUGGAACUUCCAAAGCAAGGAAUUCUCACGCUGGAUGCAGACUGUACAGCGAGGAUCGGUAAAGAUGUAAGUCCGGACGAAAAAGAAUCAAUCAAACCCCUUGGAAAUAUACUUAUCAAUCAUCAUCAAGAAAUUGACGAGCUAAAGAAAUUCGUGGACAAGUUAAAGAAAGAAAAUGUGGAAUUGCGAGGCUUGAAGUUCCAUCACAUCUCAUCACACGUAGCUUUUAUUUUAGUAAUUAUAGUAAUAAUAAUUCUAAUUAUUUUAUUUAUAAGAAGACAGAAAAAAUUAAAACGCAUAACCGAAAUUCAAUUUCCCCGAGGCCAGGAUGUCUAAAUAAAUUAUUUGCCGCCCGGGAAAAUGUUCAUAAAACUAUGAACAUGAAAGACUGCUGCAAUAAAUUAGAUCGUUAAGUGAUUUAGGCUAUAAAAUGUUUAUGUAUUUUUAACCCAACAUUCUAGAGUACUUGUAAAUGUGUGUGCAUGAAAGAUAAGAGCAUAAGGGAUGAUAACACUUCAUGCUGCUGGAGACGCAUUGAUAAUAAAGAAUAUUCUCCCAUAAACAUGCGCUCAGCUGGGGAGUAAAUAUAGAUCACAGCAAUUGUGUGUUGCAUUAGGCCUAUGCAUAGAAUUAGAAAUGUCAAGUGUUUGUAGCCUUAAGUAGAUGCAUAAGAUUAAACCCCCCUAAGAUUUCUGUUGUGUACUAGCACUUAAGUAAUACAUUUUGUUCAAUAAAAUUAGAAUUAAACUGACAAACGAACAAACAA